AUGGCCGUAAGUCCCCCAGUCAGCGAGACUUUGUUCGUGACACUCGUCACUGCUUCAGCUGAGUUGAGCGUUCUCAAGAUCUUCAGCCAGUAUGGGGCCGUGAAGGAAACCACGGUGCUCCCCGUCCUUGCAGGCAAGGAAGCUGCAGCAGCUUUCGUCAUCAUGAACACUGUGGAAGAUGCCAAGUGGAUCACGGAGAACGUCAACGGCAAUGUUCCACAAGGCCUGGUAAGCAAUGUGACCGUGGUUUUCGCAACUCCCAGGGAGCAGCGGAAGGGCGGUGGCAAGGGCAAAGGCAUGAAAGGCAUGGAUGGCAUGUGGAACAUGAUGUCAAUGAUGAUGGGUGGCUGGGGCGGUGGCGGCGGCUGGGGCGGCGGCGGCGGCUGGGGAGGUGGUUGGGGCAAAGGUGGCGGCUGGGGCAAAGGUGGUGGCAACUGGAUCAUUGUUGAAUAA